UAGUCUACGAUUAUAAAAGAUUACAUUACGAUAAUAAUAAAGUAAUGAAUGCAACAUGUAACGUCGAAAGUUGUGUAAAUGAUUAAUAAUACUGUUAAUACAAUGAAGAAUUUUAUAUAUAUAUAUACAUAAAUGAAAGCGUAAAUAAAUAAAUAAAUAAAUAACUAGGUAAAUAACUCUCGAUUUGAAUAAAUAUUAAGAAGACGUACAUUCGAUUUAGCCGCUUAAGAUAGAACAGCAUAAAACAGAUAUGGAGAAGAAACAUGGUUCUAAUGUAGUGGAAGAUGAAGAAUUAGAGGAAUCAGAAAAUAUAAUUAUAAAUGAAGUUGAUGGAUUACCAAAUUUGCAUCCUAAUUAUCAACAAUUGGGCCUAGAAUUCGAUGUAGAAAAAAGUCAUUCUGAUACAAAUACAAGAUCUAUCGAAGAUUUGGUACAUGAUGAAGAUUUACCAACGUCAGUCAUUGUAACUAAUGUAGAUUCCAGAGUUUUUAAAGAUGAUGAACUAAAGCAAGAAAUACAAAAUCUCUUCAAGCAGUUUGGGGAAGAUGCUACAUUUCAAUAUUUCAGAUCAUUUAGAAGAAUGAGAGUAAAUUAUAGUUCUCCAAAUGCAGCUGCAAAUGCUAGGAUACAGUUACAUCAAACUCACUUUGGUGAGACCAAUAUCAAUUGUUAUUUUGCACAACCUGUUACUCCGAUAGAUGUAGAAGAUCAACACCUUCACCCACCAGCAUUAACUAAACAGUUCCUAAUUUCACCACCUGCUUCACCACCCGUUGGAUGGCAGCCUAGGGAAGAAAGUGAACCUUUAGUCAAUCAUGAUUUAUUGGCAGCUAUUGCGAAUUUAUCUGCAGGAGGUAGUCAUGAAUUGCAUCCUGGAGGUUCAGGACAACCUGGUAUAGUUGUGCAUGUUUGUGAAACAACAAAUCCUAUGAAAAAUGUUCCACGUAUUCAACAUACGCGUUGUCCAGAACAUUCAUAAAGCAGCUCUGUUAGAAAUGUUGUCCAUUCUUUGACAAUGAAUUAUUUAUCCAUCCAAGAAGCAAUUAGUGGCAUUACAAGCAAUGAUAUUCAACAUUCAAAAAUUUGUAUUGCAAUAUUGCAAAAUUGAUACUUUAAUUUGUGAUCACAGACUCGCAGAAAAUUAUCUGUAAAUGUGUUUUGCUCAUACUAAUAUAUAUAAAAAAUAUUUUAUGCUGACAUUAUAAACAAAUAAAAAUACGUGAUAUAAUGAAAUAAUUUAAAAAAUCAUCGAAUAUUAACUAACGUACAAAUAAAGUAUUAGAAAAAUCUACAUAAUAUUUCGGAAUAACUUUACACCAAUUCUUAUUCUCUUUUAAUUUAAAAAACACAAUUUAAAAUAUUAGAUGCUUACAAUUAUAAAAACUAAUAAAACUAAUAUUAAAAUAUCAAGGAUAAAAAAAUAUUGAAAUUAGUGAUAUUAAUGUCUUACUCGAAGUAUCGAUGUUAUAAAUACUUUUAAAGGAGAUAUAAAAUUUAUGAUCUUAGAAAAGGCAAUUAGAAUUAAAUACUUGGUAAAUUAUCUCAGAAUUUCAAGCAAGAUUAAUUCGGAAAAAUAUAAUUUGUUACAAAGUGGGUGUGUGUGUGAUAAGUUUAAGCAACAUUGGUAUAUUUAAUGUACAUAGAUGUGAUUAUAUGAAUAUACCAUGUAAUAUGAAAUGAUACUGUAUGAUCAGUGAUACUGCUUUCUAUCAUAUUUUAAUUAAUGAAGAUUAAAGUUAAUGAUUUUUUCCAUUAAAAAAAAAAUUUUUUAAUCUUUAGGAUAUAUAUAAUUAAUAAAAUUGUAAAAUUAUAGAUAGUAUUAUCAUUUCAAAAAAAUUCUUCACAAUAAAAAAAUUACAUAUUGUUCAAAGUGCAUUAGUGCUACUAUUAUUUUUUUGUAACAGUGAUGUUACACAAUGUUACGCAUACGUGUAUGUAAAUGUAUAUAAUGUUCCCACUUGCAUAAAAUAUUUCAUAUCAAUGUAAGAUUUAUCGUAAUAUAGAGUUGUUGAAAGUUUAUAAAUAUGUUAUAGCAAAUUACUUUUGUGUGAAUAAAUAUGUUACUCAAAA